CACGCCUGUUGUUAAAUUUGUCUGCAGUAAGUAUAGACAGUACAUUCUUUGGUUAAUUUAUAUGCCUUCCUGAAUGAACAUGCGGAACUGAACCAAAAAUAUCAUGGCUCUUGUUUAAACAAUGCAUCAAUCUUUCUAAGCAGCUGGGACAUUUACUCGGGCUAAUGCAUGUUAAGGCUAUAGGUUACCACCAGACGAUUUUACGCGUCCACAGAUGACAAUCUCUUAUUUCCCAAAUUUUCACAAACACAUUUUUAAUGUUUUUUAAGUUGCAAUAAAAAGAGUACAUGCGGGAAAAUGUCUGGAGAGAUAAGAAACAAAAUAUAAUAUUAAGAUAGGUAGAUAGAUAGAUAGAUAGAUAAAGUAUUAAACUUAAGAGACUCGCAUCCUAUAUAGGCAGCUUGCGUGUCGACUGAAUAAUGUUAAGUUGUGCAAAUCACUCCUAAAAAGUGUUUUAAAUAUUUUUGUGACUUUUUUAUUUUUCAAGGAUUUUUAUUUUAAUAUCUUCAAAACUUUUUUUCCCCCAUUCUAUUUUAAAAUCACUCUUAAAAAGUGUUCGGAGAUAAAAAAAUGUUAUUUUUUUGUGAUUUUUUAAAACUUUUUGUUGAUUUUUUAUUUUGAUUCUUUGUGCUUUUUUUUAAUUGAGGGUGUACGUGAUUUAAAUCAGUGACCGUGAUUUGCCCAUCGGUACAAGUAUACUUAAAAGUUACUUUAAGUUAGAUCGACUAACCGUAUUAAAAAUUAGUUCCUUUCAGUUGCGUAUUUAUACAUGAACUAUACAAUUAUUAAAAUCAUUCUUAUAAAUUUUACUAUAGGCUAUUAAUUGGUCUUAAAAUUAGGACUAAAACAUUCCUCUUCCUCGCAGGCAUAUUUCUGACGAGUUCACAGGAGGCAAUAAGUCAUACAGACAUAUAUAUCAAGGCAUUUAUUAAUACCAUGGAGUGGUGGGGUAUUUGCCCCACUGGGCCCCUUCCUCUGCCCCACCACUGAGGAAAAAAAAUGGCCUAUUGCCCCAAAGCCAGGGCUCUAGGACCUGUAUUGAGUAAAUGAGUUUAACAUUGAAAAGAAGUUUAAAAAACAAAAUUUGUUGGUGAGCAUACUUAAACUUAUGUUGUGUAUGAAUGUUUAGCAUGCAAUUUAUUACAAAAUUCACCAUUAGAACUUUGUUUUGAGAAGCGGAGAUUUAAAAAAAAAUAUGUUCUCAGAAUGCAGAAAUGUUAUUUCAGAGACCCACAUUUUAGAAAUUUCCUGGGAGGGCAUGCCCCAGACCCCGUAGCUAACUUUUGCCUGCGGUACUCGCCUUACACCUUCGGCGAUCGCAUACUAUCGUGGGGGGGGGGGCAAGGAAAAUGGACCCUUUGGCAUGCAGUUUUGCCCCACCACUGAAGAAUUCUUAAAAAAUGCACUGAUAUAUAUACAGACAUAUAUAAACUACUAAACUUAAUUUCAUAUAUAUUAACUUAUCGUACGUAUAGUUUAUAAGACACUAAAGAUGAUUAUUAAGACAUAACGCAUCUCAUAUAUAAGGGGAAGAUAACGAGCAUUGUCAUUAUUAUCUAUAUUAAAGUUUAGUAAAGACAACAAUUUCAUUGCUGUGUGAAGAUCUACUUAUUAAUUUACUGAAUAAUUUUUAACAGGUAAUAAUUUCUAUAACCAUGCAUGUACAGAUAUACGGAAAUUAAAGUGAGACUAGUGACCCCAAAUAUAAUUUUUGGAAUGUGUAAUAAUAUUUGGGUCACUCUGAGAAGAAAAGUAACGUAUCUUUAUACUGUAAAAAAUCCCAUCUUAAUCAACUUUUUCACUGUCAAAGUUCCAGAUAUAGAUGUCAUUACGUGAAUUUUUGGUACAAAAAAAAAAGGAAAACUAAUUUGCAAUUCACCCAAUGACAUCAUAUCCGAAACAUUUGACAGCAAAAAAGUUGAUCAAGAUGGAAUUUUUUAUUAUAAAGAUAUAUUACAUUUCUUCUUCGAAUGACCCAAUUAUUACACAUAUACCAAAAAUUAUUACUGUCAGAUAUCGAUACGCUAUACUUAACCCGAUCAUUUUUAGCAGCAAAUAACAGGUAACAAUCUCUAAGAUCAUAAAGUAUAGCUGACGAGUUUUCUACAGAAGAUGCAUCAUGCUGCAUGCAGUACAGACAAUUUUGCAAGGCACAAAUGCACAAGCGCGUCAUGUGCGAGCGCGUGAUGUGCUGGCUAAGCGAUCUGACCUUAGUAUGGUCAACUUCGCCUAUUACUUCAACAUUUUCAUUGUUCUACCUAGCCAGAAUCCCAGUUGUUGCUUCCGGAGUUGUUCGCUCAAUUGCAUGGGAUGGAAAUCCCAUAUGUAAUUGCAUAUGCGGUUUUUAUAAGGUUCUUAUUUAACACACAACAUAUUUUUUAGCGAUGACUGGCGUUAAAUUGGCAAAAGCUUUCGGUUUCCUGUUCAUGAUGGUCAUUGUAUGUUCUAAGCAAAUUCCUGAAGAGCAACAUUCAACCUAUCCGGCCACAGAUGAAGCUCAUUUUACGAGUCACGAAUACCACGACCAAGACCUAAAAGUUAAUGUAGGAGAGAGGUUGAUUCGUGCAGCGGCUCAACCGGUAGAUUACCAAGGUGGCGCCACAAUUGAUAACAGGCAAGUGUUGUUUCACUUGAAUACCGAUGCACAAAUUGCCAAUCGUAAUGACCUGAAGAAGAUCACCCGAGAAAAAAGAAACGACCUAGAUCAAUUCAUGGGGAUGAUUAAAGCAAACGAAAUUUUUACUCGGAAUGCGGGGACAUUGCGCAACUCACCUGCAAAGCAUUUCCGCCUUGACAUGCAAGGGAUGGUGAAAAGAAAUGGUCGAGAUUAUCACAACAUGCAAGUGCAAAUGAAUGGGAAGCGUAGUGGGAGUAGUACAUAUGCUAAUGUGUUAGUUCCAAAGGAUGCCAAUGGAUUCCUGGCCGAUCGCGUUAUUCGUAGGGCCUUUUACGAUAGUUCCAACGGCAACGCCGCGGUGACGCUAGAAAUUGGAAACAAAGUAGUCCAGGGAUAGAACAGAAAAUAUUAUUGCGCUACAUAUCAUAACAUUGUUGUAAACAACGCACAUGAUAACUUCGGG